AACAAAUCUGUCCAAAAUAAGAUAUUAAUAUUUAUAUGAAUUGAACAUUUCAAACAUCUUGGUAUAAGAACAUGAAAAGAAUCUAGUGAAUAUAUUAUUUAUAUAUUUUUGGAAAUUUGAUUCACAAAGAGAAAGGGAUGGCUUUAGAAGAGGGGAUUUCAGAAGAACAACUGAAAGAAAUGAUGGACGCCUUUAAACUCUUUGAUAUGAAUGGUGACGGGCACAUUUCCAAGGCGGAACUAGGCAAGGUGCUGCAGGCUCUUGGGCAAGACCCAAGCCAAAAAGAGGUGGAUGAGAUCAUGGCCAAGGCAGAUAAAAACGGGAGCAGUUUUUUGGAAUACGACGAAUACGUCGAGUUAUUGAAGGGACACCUUAAAGACCCAGCAAUCGUAGAAAUCGAGUUGAGAGAAGCAUUCCGAAUAUUUGACAAGGACCGAAAUAAUUCACUCAACGUCCAAGAGUUAGUAAAAGCUCUAUGUUUUCUCGGAGAGCCACUGACACAGAAAGAAGCUAAAGAGAUGUGUGAUUUGAUGGAUGUCAACAAAGACAAGAAAGUUGAUGUGGACGAGUUCGUCAAAUUCCUCUGUAAGCGGAUAUAAGGCAGUAAACGAUGUGUGUAACGUGAUGUUGUAACAUUGAAAGACCCAUUCAAAUGUCUUUUAUUUACCGACGCAUUCAAAUGUCUUUUAUUUAUCAUAUUUAUAUAUCCAUUGCGUUUGUUUACUUUGUUUAUCUAAAAUUUGCGAUAUUUUUAAAACUCUGUUUACUGACAUUUCUGCAUUUUUUAUUCAAUAAAAUAUGCUACUACUGAGAAAAAAACCCCCAUAACAAUUCUGUCAAUGUGUCAUUUUCAAAAUUUCUCUUUAAAGGUAUUAGCGAAAGAGAUAUGAACAGAACAGAACAGAUUUUUAUUCACGUAAACUUCAUAUUUUCUUGUGACAUAUAAGUACAUUUAAACAAACCAAA